GUUUUGCAGACUCUUGGGAUACUAUAAGACCCUCUUCAGGGACAUUAGUAGUGACUGUGUGCAAGUUGAUCCUCAACUCUCUUGUUGCCUUCCAGUUCCCACAAACCCUGUCCCAAAAUGGCUUCCUCAAGCACCCAAAAACCCUCUUCUUCUUCAGCUCCAACCGGAAAAUGCAACUUCGAUGUCUUCUUGAGUUUUAGAGGGGAAGAUACCCGCUACAAUUUUACGGAUCAUCUAUUCCAACAUUUGAAACAGGAGGGCAUUAACACUUUCAGAGAUGAUAAACUUCAAAGAGGAGAGGAGAUCGCACAAGAACUUUUGGAAUCUAUCGAAGGAUCAAAAUUUUCCAUAAUUGUUUUCUCAGAAAACUAUGCUCAUUCCAAAUGGUGUUUGGAUGAGCUAGCAAAGAUCAUGGAGUGCAGAAAAAAAAAGGAUCAAAGAGUCUUGCCAGUUUUCUACCAUGUGGAUCCUUCUGAUGUGCGGAACCAAAAAGGCAGUUUUGGAGAAGCAUUUGCGAAUCAUGAAAUACAUGUAGACGAGGAGAAGGUGCAAAGGUGGAAGGCUGCCAUGAAUAAAGCAGGCUCUCUAAGUGGUUGGCAUGUGAUCAAGGAUGAGUAUGAGUCGAAGUAUAUUGACAAAAUUCUUAAAGACAUCCGUAAAAUAUUGGGUCCUAAACAUUUGCAUGUUGGUGAUGGUAUAGUUGGGAUGAGUUCUCGCUUAGAAGAACUAAAAUCAUUGAUAAAUAGACAAUCACGUGACGUUUGUGUGGUUGGGAUCUAUGGAACCGGUGGAAUUGGCAAAACUACCAUUGCCAAGAUUGUUUAUAAUGAGAUUCAAUGUGAAUUCAAUGGUGCUAGCUUUCUUCAAAAUGUCAAAGAGAGUUUCAACAAGGGUUGUCAACUUCAACUACUAGAACAACUUCUUCAUGGUAUAGGAGGGGAAAAAAUAAAGUUGAGUAAUAUCGAUGAAGGACACGAUAUAAUAAAGAAUACAUGUGGCUCAAAAAAAGUUCUUAUUGUUAUUGAUGAUGUGGAUCAUAUGGGGCAAUUAGAGUCAUUAAUUGGAAAUAGGGACUGGUUUGGUGCAGGAACUAGAAUUAUUAUAACAACUAGAGACCAACAUUUGCUAGAUUGUUAUGAAGCGAAUGAAAGAUAUAAGGUGAAGAAUUUAGAUGAUGCAAAAGCUAUUCGACUCUUCAGCAAGCAUGCCUUUAAAGAAAAUGCUCCUAAAGAAGAUUAUGUAAAACUAUCAAACUGCAUGGUAGAUUAUGCUCAGGGCCUUCCUUUAGCCCUUAAAGUUCUUGGUAGUUCUCUUCGUGGCAUGACAAUAGAUGAAUGGAAAAAUGCAUUGGAUAAAGUAAAAAAUAAUCUUAUGAAGGAGAUUUAUGAUGUGCUUAGAAUAAGCUUUGAUAUGCUUGAUUGUUCUCAAAAGAAGGUAUUCCUUGACAUCGCAUGUUUUUUCAAAGGAGAAGACAAAGCUUUUGUGUUGAAAAUAUUAGAUAGUUGCAAUUUAUAUGCAACAUGCAACAUAAAAGUUCUUUAUGAUAAAUGUCUAAUAACUUUUUCACACAACAUGAUACAAAUGCAUGACUUGAUACAACAAAUGGGUUGGAGAAUUGUUCGCGAAGAAUAUCCUGGAAGACCAAGCAAAUGGAGCAGAUUGUGGGAUCUAGAUGAUAUUCAUAAAGCAUUAUUUGCACAAGAGGGAAUGGAACAAGUUGAAGCCAUAUCAUAUGACUUGUCUCGAUCAAAAGAAAUGCAGGUGAAUAAACAGGUUUUUGAAAGUAUGAAGAAUCUAAGAUUUCUCAAACUCCAUUGGGGGGGUUAUCAUGAUUUUAUGACGAAGACAAAUGAAGUGUUCCUUCCCAAAGACUUCGAGUUUCCUUCUCAAGAGUUAAGAUAUCUUUACUGGGAAGGAUGCCCUUUGCAAACCUUGCCAUCAAAUUUUAAUGGAGAGAAUCUUGUUGAGCUCCACAUGAGAGAUAGCACCAUAAAACAACUUUGGAAAGGGCGUAAGGUUCUUGGAAAGUUAAAGAUCAUUGACUUAAGUGGCUCAGAAUUGCUCACCAAAAUGCCAGAAUUAUCAAGCAUGCCGAAUCUUGAGGAGCUUAACCUCCGGUAUUGUAGAAGGUUGAAGAAAUUUCUUGAGAUCCGUGAAACUAUGGGAAGUUUAAAGACACUUUAUUUAGAUCAGAGUGGAAUUAAGGAAAUACGAAGCAGUGUUGAGUACUUGCCAGCUCUUGAAUAUCUUUCACUUUGGAGUUGCAGAAAUUUUGACAAAUUUCAGGAUAAUUUUGGGAAUUUGAGACAUCUAAGGUUCAUCCAUGCAAAGAAGGCAAUUUGCCUCGAUGAUUGCUCAAACUUGGAGAACUUUCGAGAGAUCCAUGUUAUGAAACGUUUAGCGCGUCUUGAUUUAAGGAGGACUGCCAUCAAGGAACUUCCAAACGCGUUUGGGUGCUUGGAGGCUCUCGAAGUUCUUGAUCUAAGUGGUUGCUCAAAUUUUGAGGAGUUUCCUGAGAUCCAAAAUAUGGGAAAUCUAGACUUUCUUUAUCUAAACGAGACUGCUAUUAAAGAAUUACCAUGCUCAAUAGGUCAUCUCACCAAACUUCGUGUGUUAGAUCUAGGAAAUUGCAAAAAUUUGAGGAGUCUUCCUAAUAGCAUUUGUGGGUUGAAAUCACUUAAAGUCCUCAAUCUCAAUGGCUGUUCAAAUCUGGUGGCUUUUCCAGAAAUCAUGGAGGAUAUGAAACACUUAGAAGAACUUAUUUUAAGUAAAACGCCUAUAACAGAGCUGCCACCAUCAAUUGAACAUCUAAAAGGUCUUAGACGCUUGGUAUUGAACAAUUGUGAGAAGCUUGUGACUCUUCCAUAUAGCAUUAGCAAUUUGACACAUCUUACACGCUUGGAAUUGAUAAAUUGUGAGAAGCUUGUGACUCUUCCAAAAGGUAAUUUGACAGAUCUUCCACGCUUGGAAUUGAAGAAUUGACACAUCUGGGAACUUUAUCAACUCCUUCGAGCCCACUCUGGUCUUCUCUCCUCAACCUCUUCAAAUCACGUAGUCAGAGUUGUGAAUACGAAAUAGACUCAAACUCCUUAUGGUGCUUCCAUGUACCUAAAGUUGUUGUUCCAGGAAGUGGUGGAAUACCAGAGUGGACAAGUCAUCAGAGUAUGGGACGCCAAGCAAUAAUAGAGCUCCCAAAGAAUCAGUAUGAAGAUAACAAUUUCUUGGGAUUUGCUGUUUUCUUCCAUCAUGUUCCACUUGAUGAUUUUUGCACGCAUAGAGUUGGUCGUUUUCUACAAUUUGAAUUGAGGAUAUCCCAUGAUGAUCAAUCUGAACGGGUAAUUAAAAUAAUGAGUUGUUUCCAUUUUGAAUCAUGGGAUCUACCAUUGUGCGUGACCUAUCUCCCUAAGUUUGCCAUUCCAAGUGAGCAUCGAUACGCUAAGCAUAGACAACAACAGAAUCAGAGCCAUGGGCUUGAUUCUUAUAAUGUUUGUGGGAUACAUCUUAUAUACUCCAAAAAUUAUCACCAACAGAAUCAGAGCCAUGGGCCUGAAGCCAUGAGGAUCCACAUCAGAAAAGAUCAAGACAUCUCCUGUGAUUUCCAAGCUUCUCCCUACAGGUUCCAUUGGCCGAAAGAAAUCCACGAGGAGGGGCCUAGUGGAAGCGGGUGCUCUAAUACAGAUGGCUCAGAAUCAGAGAACUCUGAAUACUAUUCUGCUGACGAGAGGGACCCCACUGUUGACUGCUGACUGCUGAGGAGGAACCGACCACACAAAUGCUUGAUACGCACCCAAAUCUUCUCAUAUCAACUCUUGACCCCUCUUGGACCAAGGGAUAUUCGUUGGCCACCCGGGAAUAGCUGGGAUUUUUUUAUUUGGAGGAGUGGGGGACGGCUUCCAGGUGAGUUGCAUGCUGGGACGUGUGGCAAGGACUACCAACUUGCAAUGGUGGUGGUUGAGGGUGGUGACAUCUUUGCUGAAGGGUGAGCAGUGGAGCUGGUAGAAGCUUAUAGGAGAAGGAAGAAAUAGAGCAAGAUGAGGGGGCUUGUGGGUCGGCGGAUUCUGGAGGAGAAGAUUUCGAGAGCAGAACAAAAGAAGAGAGCUAGAAGCUCGGAUGAUCAAGUUGGAAAUGAGCUUUUCCAAGUAUGAAUGUUAUGUACUUAUUCGGAUUCUUAUUGUUCUUCUAUAUUUCAUGUUGAUCUCUGAAUGUCAUUGACCUAUUUGGGUGUGGAUGACUAAGGCCACAUGCAUGUUUUGAUGAUCCUAGACUAUUUUGUGGUUUUGAUACUGUUUUAUUCUUCUUUCAUAUCCUUUGAUUUCAUGUGAAGAUUAUCCUGUAUAUUGUUCUGUUCUAGAUUUUAUUGAAAUUCUUCUUUUAGCAUUUA